AACAACAUCAAGCAGGUCAUCCAUUACAUAUUCCGCCAAAAUUGGAGAUAACACAGAGCCCAUGGGGCAGCCAGGUGUUUUUGAAAACACUUUGUUAUUAAAGCAAGACGGAGCUCCUCUUCACUAUGUUUUUCCGGUUCGGCAAUGGCUAGACGACGAGUUUCCAGAUAAAUGUAUAGGGCGAAGAAGGCCUAUAGAAUCGCCUGCGAGAUCUCCUGAUUUGACGCCAUUAGACUUUUUACUAUGGAGCCAUUUGACAUCUAUUGUGUUUACUCCCCAACCUGAAAGUUUGGAUGAACUUCGUCAACGCAUCUUCGAAAGCUGCCAUGAUAUCCCUCAACAUGUUUUUGAAAAUGUCCGAGAGGAAUUUGAACAUCGCCUAUAUCAUUGUUUGGCCAAUAACGGGCAACAUUUUGAACACUUAUUGAAAUAAAAAGUGAUAUUUUUGUG